GGACGAUAUAAUGCAGCCCUUGCCCCCGUUCGUGCUUCCUCUCUUUUGAACACCCUUCAAUACUAUAUCACUCAUCCAGGGCCAAACAGGGUUUAUAAUAAAUCAAGGGAAGAUCCUCCGAGUUUAAACGACGCGCAGCAGCAUCAGCCAUCUGAGGGGGAAACGUAGGAUGGUUACUUCGGUUUUUAUUUCGGAACUAUCACUUGUCUGGCCGUGCAUACCACACACCAACAGACAGCUCUCCACCGACGGGGAGACUAAUCCCACGAGACAGCAACACCAACUCUGGCUUUCUCUUUCGUCCAUCACAAACCAUCAUCGUCACCGUCAGCAACCAUUACUACGACAGACUCGUGCGAGGCUUCGACCAUCGUCACGAGACACCACCGCUACCAUCAGUUUCCGCAACACCGCGACAAUUCUUUCCACACCUCCCGGGAACGAAUGUUCGCUGACUCUGGAGGCGGGGUCUCAUCACGACGACACCAUAGCGCUGUUGCAAGAUCGCAGUUCACGGGGCUACUACCAUCACCGCGACCCCGCAACGUCGCAUCAACCACCCUCUCCUCUUCCGACGCCGCCCGAGAGGGCCUUCGCUCAACCAAUUCUUUCACUUCAGAGCCCGGCGACCGUCCAGAGCGGUUCGCUCUGGCGGAACCCAUGUGUCGGAGACACGCUGGCGGGCAACUAUCGAGUAGGGGACUACAGUGUCGACUAUUCUGCACAAGAGUCGCAUCCGAGCGACCAAGGCCAGCAGCAGCAUGGUUAUGACACGACCCCUUCUCAUCACCAUCACAGGAGCACACUCCAUCAUGGCGCUGCUCACACGCCGGCUCUCCAUGAGCCUCCUACAAGCCAUCACCCGCAUCAGCACGCCUUGCAGCAGCAACAGCAGCAACAGCAGCAGCAACACCAACAUCAACACCAACACCAACACCAACAGCAUCCCCAUCACACUCAUCACCCACACCAGGUUCUAAUGGACACGGGGCAUCACAUGGGCCACGCCCGGCACUUGGGCCCGCCUCACUACGGCGCUUCGGGUCCGGUUGUCGCGCCUCUGUAUCCUUCGAUGGCAACGCCCACGCAACCCCAUACGCCACAUGGGGCACCCAAACGAUCGAGGCCAGACGAGCUCGACCUCUCGGUCCCCGGUAUCGAUCUGGACCAGACUGACCUCGAGAGCAUGCAGCAAACGCCUCUGGGAACCGCUUAUGCGCAGGCGGUACAAGCUCCCACACACCAUCAUCACCGCUUGCCCGACACAGGCCCCCCUUCCAAAAUGAUGCGCCGUGACGGUGAUGGUGAUGGCUUGGACAGAGGCGGGGCUCCGAGCGUGGUGGGUCAAGCGGGCAUGCCAACUCCGGCUCCGAGACCUAGAGGGCCGAAGCUCAAAUUCACUCCCGAAGACGACCAACUUCUAAUUGACCUUAAGGAGAACAAGUCUCUGACGUGGAAGCAAAUUGCGGAUUUCUUCCCCGGCAGAUCAUCAGGAACAUUGCAAGUGCGCUAUUGUACGAAGCUCAAGGCCAAGACCACGCAAUGGACCGACGAAACGGACCAGAAGCUUCGAACCGCCUUGCAAGACUACGAGAACGAGAAGUGGCGCAUCGUGGCCAACAAAGUCGGCACCGGCUUUACUCCGGCGGCCUGCCGAGAACGCGCAUCAGAGUUGAUGGGUGCUCCCUUAUAGCAAUCAAUGUCUCCAUCGGGAACUUCUGAGCCCCCGACUGGAGACACCAUUUACACGCAGCAGCUUCAGUGAUGAAGAGAAGCUUGCCUUUAGCGAUGAUUCCCAUCGUGCGGCAUGGAACGACACGGCCCAUACAGAGCAUCCAGAUCGACUUCGACGAACACCAUAUACCAAUUUCGGCUCAGCGAUUUGGUAGAGAAGAAAAAUCUGCGAUAUACAACCUCUGCGUCGUUUCAUGUAACAACUUGGGUCGCCGUCAAUAGAGCACGCUGGGUCCAAAGACUUGCGCCAGCUCUACCUUGGAUAACCAAGGCCAACAUCUACUACCAUUUGACAUCUUCGUACCUCAGCUUUCACCUCAUGCCUGCAGCUUACCAAUGGCAUUGGCAUUGUCCUUUUUUCUCCAUGCUGGAUUCCCCAACCGCCUAAUUCUGAGAUACCCCCGAACACUACGGGUCACCAUUUUCAUCUUCUUCUCGACCUACUUCUUUUAUCUCGACUUAUGAUACAAACACUAGACUUGGGGGCACACACACACACACACACACAUACACGCGUAUACACUGGACCAUGCAAUAUACGGCCUUUCGAUUUGUCACUUUUUUUCCUCGACACUCUUUUACACGACCUCAACUUCAUUUCUUGACGACUGUCCUCAUUUUGUAAACAUACAGACUCUACUGCGCGCCUCGAACUUUGGACAUAUACCACGAGCAUCGACUCUAUCGCAAGACACUUCGAGUAGGAGCUGGCGGUUGGGCCUCCGUGCGGAGUCUCGCAGGUAGAAAAGGGUGGUUGGGAAGACGACGGAGUGGUGGUGGAAAACGCGCGGAACAGCAUCCACAAUGAUGUUCUGGCUUUAUUUUGUAUUUGUAGUCAUCCUUUCUUCCCGUUUUCCCUUGUACUUUUUCCAUUACUCAGACACUCCUUAUGUUUUUACUGUUAUUCAAUUCCUUGUCGAUUAUGUAGCCCUACAUAUCACUGUAUUCUACGCUAUUGUAGCUCC